GUGGCGCUGCACUCUCGCCGCUAAGUGAUGCUGCCCAAUCCUAUUGCGCGGCCAUGUUUUCUGCUCCAACAGUAGCGCCGGGGAUUGUGGGCAGGAGCAGCAGUCAGGAGCCGAGCCCUUCCCACCCACUCCCCGGGAAGCCCACGGGAAAGAGCCACUUAGUGUCCCGCCUUCUGGCCUGGAAAGCAGCAGGUACUCUGCUCCCUCAACUGGAAGGGACCCCCCCGGGAGAGCGGAUGUAGCAGCACCGGCUCACCGGACGCCCCGUGACUUUCACAAGAGGCUCCAGGGCAGUUGAUUUCCACAGAGAAGAAGCACACACCAUAGUGGGAGUGAGUCGAAGAUCAGAACCAGAAGCUCAGGAUGAUCCUGUACCAAGAGAAAAAGAGAAAGUGUGAGGCUUCCUGAGAGUCCACGCUGUAUUCUGUGCAUCAGCCAAUGGAGGCACACAUGGGCAUGGAGUGUUAAGUUUCCCGUCCGUUGAUCUUGCCAUUGACUAACUCACGUGCUACCCCAAAGGCACCAUGGAUAAGCUAAGGAUAGGUCUCUUGCUGGGUUGCAGUCUUCCCCACUACGUUGCCGUGGAGGAUAAGUAGAUGGGCCCUUACCCUGACAUGAACAUGAAUCAGGUAAUCUCCUGGUCACCAGAUCAGGUGGCCAACUGGCUCACGGAGAGGGGACUACAGGAAUACUCCGAUACCUUAAAAUCUCUAUCUGGCAAGGCCUUGCUCAUGCUUAAAGAAGAUGACUUCAAGAAGCCACCCUUGUCACGUGUAUCUUCGGACAAUGGCCGGCAUUUGCUGGAGAUGAUAGAGAUUUUAAAAAUAGAGCACCAUAUAGAGGAACACAAGAACGGUCAUGCCAACGGGCACCUCUGCAGCAAGAAAGAUCACCCAGUCGGAGAUUAUGGCUUUCCCAAAAAGAAUGGAAUUCCCAAUGGUUUUAGCAAAGACAUGAUCCAGAUUCCCUUGCCCGAACCAGAGCGGAACCAGCCUUUUCCUGACGAAUGGGGCAAAACCCUCAUUGCCUUCCUUUAUGCACUUUGCUGUUUCAUUUUCACCACAGUGAUGAUCUCAGUCGUCCAUGAACGAGUGCCUUCCAAAACAGAGGAAGCUCCGCUGCCGGAUGUAUUUUUCGAUUAUUUCGACCGGGUGCAGUGGGCUUUCUCCAUAUGUGAAAUUAAUGGGAUGAUCCUUGUGGGCGUCUGGUUGUGCCAGUGGAUAUUGCUAAAACACAAAUCUAUCAUUAGUCGGAGAUUUUUUUGUAUAGUGGGUACUCUGUACCUUUAUCGCUGUAUAACGAUGUAUGUUACAACGCUACCUGUUCCUGGGAUGCAUUUUAAUUGCUCUCCUAAGCUGUUUGGCAAGUGGGAGGCACAGACCCGGAGGAUACUGAAGAUGCUAGCGGGCGGGGGCCUCUCCAUCACAGGAUCGCACACCUUGUGUGGGGACUAUUUAUACAGUGGCCACACUGUCAUGUUAACGCUAACCUACAUGUUCAUCAAAGAGUAUUCCUCGCCGCGCCUCUGGCUGUACCACUGGAUCUGCUGGUUCCUCAGCUGCGUGGGAAUCUUCUGCAUCCUGCUGGCCCAUGAUCACUACACUGUGGACGUAGUCGUGGCCUAUUAUAUCACAUCCAGGAGCUUCUGGUGGUACCACACCAUGGCCAACCAACAAGUGCUAAAAGAGGAGAGCUCAGCAAACCUCCUAUCCCGGGUAUGGUGGUACAGGCCGUUCCAGUACUUUGAGAGAAACGUCGUUGGCAUCGUGCCAUACACCAUGCAGUGGCCCAUUCUGGCGUAUCUGCAGCGUCUGGGCAUGAAGCGAGCCAAGUACAGCCGACUGGUGAAUCAGUUAUAGCGGCCAAAGGAGGCCAGUGAGCCCACGCCCCGAGCCAGACUCACCUUUACCUGAUCAGCACUGUGAUAUUUCUCCUCUCCAAAGGACCCACGUUGGAUACAAGUGUAACCACGAAUUUAAUUUAUCAUGAACUGUUUCCCCUUCCCUGCAGGAGCCUGACUGGCCCUUAGCCAUGUGGUGCAGGAAGGGACCGCCUCCUUCUUAUUAUUCUUAUUAUUCUAUGCUUUUAUACCCUUCUGCUCUCUUUUCCAGCCGCGCCUGGGAACAAACCAUUAUUUUCUUGGGAAAACAUACUUUCAUAUCACAGGCCCUGAAUACUGGGCCGUAAGCCAUUUUCUAAGCAGUGUCGCUAUACAGGUUGCUACGUCCCUAACACGAUGGAAGCCAGAGGUGUGUUUUGAGGGGGUGCAGGCAGGGGAGACCACCCUAGGACCCGUGGGACUGCAGUUGCACCCUGCGCUUUUAUCUCUAUUCAGGACGGGGCUGCAACUGAAAUAUUUUAUAUCAGAGUACAGCUCCCAGCAUGCACUGUGGCUGCCAGGGUAUGCUGGGACUUGUAGUUAAACAACUCCACGUUGGAUUGUGUUUAAUAAACCGUCCCCACACCAGGUAUUUUUGAUCCCCAAAGCCUCACCACCAGUGACAACUGCCCUGGCUUAAGCCGCCGUCCCGUGAACUGCCAGAUAUUUUUUCCCAAAUAGUCGCAUUUCUAUUCCACGUAGGGCUCGGCCCUUCUCCCCCGGUUUGGGUCGGUUUGGUAAAAAAAAGAGGGUUUUGUAAAAUCUUCCUCCCUCCCACCAAGUCCCAGAACUCUCUGUUGUACAGCGAUUUUUUCUAAGGAAUUUCCUACCUUUAUUUUUCAAACAGAAACGCCGCGUAUAAACGCCCUUUAGAGAUUUCUACGCCAGAGAAUAAAGAUCCGAAUCCGGAGGAUAUUUGUAACUGUUUCUAGUGCCUUUCUCGUCUCGAUUGUAUGGUCAGUAGGCAGUCUUACAGAUUUCGCUUUUAAAGUAUUCUAUGACACAGUUAAAGAUAUAUAUAUAUAUAUAUGUAAAGAGAGAUCUUAUUGCAUCUAUUUGUGAACCCCAUUUGUCCCCCCACGUUUAUAAACCAAGGUUUUUUUUUUUUGGUUUUUUUAAAUUCUUACAUUUUUUAACAAUAAACUAGAACUUUUUUUGACUAUUUUGUUACAAGCUUUGAUGCUGAUUUGAUGAAACGCUCUUUCUGAAAUUCACAUUGCUCUUAGAGUCAAAUGAAACAACCCCCCAAACAAAUGAAUCAGAAGUUUCCCCUCCCGAGCACAUAUUUUUUUGUACCCUAGUUUUUGAGAUAUUAGCGGUUUCUAUGCUAGUAUAAUGAAUUUGCCACAGCAGCGCCCCCUGCUGUUCCCUGUAGCUGGGCAAAAUGAAGUUAUUUAGCAGAGCUGAGCAACAGAAAUGAGCAGAGAAGCGCCCGGAGAUGCUUCUCUGCUCAGUAAUUUCAUUAAUGCCCAGCCAGCUGAAUCGUUCUAGGGAGACCUAUCAGGAGAGGCACGUUUUAGAGAGGCACGUUUUAGAGAGGCCUCUCCAUCCGGGUCUCUCUAAAAAGGCUAGGGGGUGGAGUAUGGACAAAUAAUGAGCAUGUUCUGGGUCCAAUGGGGUGGCCUUCAGGUGAUCCUAUAUAUAAUCCAAAUUGGCAGCUCUUAUUGGUCACAGUCACAAUCAGUAGUCAUACUCGGCCCAUCUCCCGUUUUACUGCAACUCUCCUGCAUCCAAUGGAAGUUGUAGUGCAACAGUAGAUAAUUUAUUUAUACCCCCCCCCCCACUAGAAUUGACAUUUUUCAGUAACAGUAGAUGGCGCUGCUGUUUUGAAAUUUAUUAUACCAAGAUAAUGUGAACGGCAAAAGCGCUCGAAAGAGCAAGAAAUGAUACGUUUGUUAUGGGGUGUUUACUUCCCCUUUAAAUGUUUUUUCCAUCCAUAGUGAUAUAUAUAUAUUUUUGUCCAAACGUUUUCAUACUCGCCAGAAACACAAGAAAUAGAAUAACCUUAUAUAUUUAUAUAAAUGACCAAUGUGGGACCAUCAGGUGACCUAGUGGCUUCCUCUCAAUGACUUUGGGCCCCGACUGGGAUUGUAUUUUUUUGGCCCAAAAUCAUUUGCGGUUCAUCAUUUCUUUCCCCUUUUCCCCCCGGAGAGGACGAGGCCCAACGCACUACCCAUUUGGAGACUAUGUUACCCGAGAAGGGCAGGAAGCCAGGGGCUUGUUACAGGGAUUUUAUUUUUUAAAUAUUAACCCAUUGGGUGCAAGAGCAGUUUGUAUUUUAGCAUUAGUGUUCUUCUGAAUAAGCCUCACAUUAAAGGGGAAAUAGGACUUGAUGCUGUGCUUAAAAUCUCUGUUUUUUUCCCCUGUAUAUGUUCCCUGUAUAUGUAUAUUUUACCCUCCUAUGGGGCAGUUUUUAUGAACAGAGAUUCAAAAAGGAAUGUUCCAGGACUGGAUAGUUCAGUGCUUUCCACUCACCCCAAGCUUUGUGAGCAUUACAGGUUGGCCGUCUGGCUAAUGGGGGUUUAAUAAGAGCAGGAACCAUUGCACCAAUGUUCCCAGUUGCACUGCCUUCCCCCAGGAAGGGACUGUCCGAACAGGAAGUGCACGUAUAAAAAAGCCGGCCCCCAUAACAAUGAAUGCAAAAAUGUCUUAUAAUGCACAGAAAUGUGGGUUUUAACUACAGCAUCAAUUAAACUAUAGAUGGAUAAAUAAAUGGGAGGGCGGGGCUAGUGUUAGUGUCCUGCAAAAAGGUCUAAAGCUUGUCAGCUCCACUCCAAUUGGGAAAGUAGGAAUGAUCCAAUCAUUGUGGUCGCCCUGCUGAUGGUUGGAUCAUAGUGAGGUUCUAGGGAGAGCCGACCAAUUAAGAACCACAUCAACGUUUUUUCUAACCCGUCUAAUAAAUAUCUGGGCCACGGCUAUAAGUUGGGCAGUCAGAUCCCUAUACGGCUGACUUUGCCCACUCUUAUUGGCCCGUGUAUGGCUCUCAAAACUAGUGAACGUUUAAUUGCUCUUCUGAGCACUUUAUCGUUUUCAAGAUAUUAACAGUUUUAAACUGCUAUUAUAAUCAUAAACUGAUAUUAUCGUGAACCGCCCGCAGAAACAUCCCAUGACUCCUCUGCUCCCAACCUUCAUUUUGUGAGCAGGGGCGACACCACGGGACGUUUCUUCUAUCAGGGAAUUCAUUUUCAGCCGACGGUCACAGUCGCACAAAAUGACCACCAGGUGGUGCUGUUGGUUCAAAUCGAUUACAUUAGCAGUUUAAAAAGCGCUUAAGUUUUGAAAGCUGUAAAAAAAAAAAUGCAAAAGUGCUCAGCAGGGAGGGGGGUCAUACAAAGGCAGUUUUUGUUGAACCGCAACUCCCCAACAGCUCCCGGGGAACUGUAGUGCAGCAGGUUGUAGAACUGCAGGUUAGAUACAGGUCCUAGUCUCCGCCCUCUUCUCUUAACCCCACCCCUAUUUACUGCCAAGCCAUGUCCCCCUGUUACCCACUCUCUCUAUCUUAUUUGCCCUUUAUUUUUUUAUUCUUUUUUUUUUUUUUUGCCCUAAUUAACCCUGUUAAUUCAAGGAGAAACUAAAGUAUUCGCCGCUCUGAUUGCCAAUGUACAGAAUGGAAUUUUUUUAAGAAUGGGAAGAUGUCUAUAAUUGAUAUAUAUUCGCGUAUAUAUCCUGUAUUUUCUGUAAAGCAGAGUUUUCUUCUGUGUUUUUUGUGUAUUCACAAGGUGAUAUUUGUACUGUAAAAAAAACAAACAAAAACAAACGACUAUUGGUGAUUUGAACGAUUGAAAAUAAAAAAAAAAACGAGGAAAAAAAAAACCACAAACAGAAAACACUUGAAAUUGUGUUUGUACUUGUGUCCAUAGCUCCUAAUGCCUGUGUCUGUCUAUUUAUGGUGUCUUUUAUGGUCUUAAUAUAAGCCCCGCCCCCUACAGGCUUUCUGAAUAUGUUCGUAUGAUUUUAACUUGUUAUUCUUUUUGACCCUCCCAGGCUUCCUUUGCCGCUGUUCCCCCUUCCUUUGUCCUUUUCUUUUUUUUUUUUGUCAUUUCCAGAACUGGUAAUUAAAAUACAUUUAUAUUUAACUUUGGACGGCCAUGUUGAAUCCUUUGCUGGACCAAUAAGUGACCUAAUAAAGAAUCUUAAUCAA